CCAGGGCUACCUAACCCGGGCCAGGUCUGUGGCUGCUGCUGCCUUGGGCAUCGCUGCCCUCUCCGGAACCGAGCACUGUCAUGCUCCCGUUGCAGGGCGGGCGGCUGCGUCCCGGAGUCGCUAUAUAAGCGGGGGCAAGGGGGCACCCGGAGGGGUUGAAGAUGAAGGUGCCCGCGCAUGGGCCGCCGCUGAUUGCCAACCCCUCCCGAGCUCGCUCCCGGCGCGGAGCCGGAGGCCGCCGAAGACCCGCCUUCGCCGCAGUAGCAGCUGGAGCAGCCACAGAGGCAGCAGCUGCGGCGGUGGCAGCGGCGCCCCUUGCGCCAGCGCGUAAAGCGGCGGCUGCAACUCGGGGUCCGCCGCUGCCCCUGCUGCCAUGAGUUGUGCGGAGGUGAUGUAUCACCCCCAGCCGUAUGGAGCGCCCCAGUAUCUGCCCAACCCUGUGGCAGCUGCAACCUGCCCCACAGCCUGCUAUCAUUCGGCGCCCCAACCUGGCCAGCAGAAGAAGUUAGCGGUAUACAGCAAGAUGCAGGACUCUCUGGAAGUCACCCUUCCCAGCAAACAAGAGGAGGAGGAGGAGGAGGAGGAUGAGGAGGAGGAGGAGGAGAAAGACCAGCCUGCCGAGAUGGAGUACCUUAACUCUCGCUGUGUCCUUUUCACUUAUUUCCAGGGAGACAUUGGGUCAGUAGUGGAUGAACACUUCUCAAGAGCUUUGGGCCAAGCCAGCACCUUCCAUCCAGAAUCUGCCAUUUCAAAAAGCAAGAUGGGGCUAACCCCCCUAUGGCGAGACAGCUCAGCUCUCUCAAGCCCGCGGAGUAGUUUUCCAACUUCCUUUUGGACCAGCUCCUACCAGCCCCCACCUGCACCCUGUUUGGGGGGAGUUCAUCCUGACUUCCAGGUCACUGCACCCCCUGGCACCUUUACUGCUGCAGAGCCCAGCCCCUGGCCAGGACACGGCCUGCAUCAGACUGGCCCAGCCCCUCCCCCGCCCGUGUCUGAGUCCUGGCAUUAUCCCUUGGCAUCUCAGGUGAGCCCAUCCUACAGCCACAUGCAUGACGUGUACAUGCGGCACCACCACCCCCAUGCCCACAUGCACCACCGUCACCACCACCAUCACCACCACCACCACCACCCUGCUGCUGGCUCUGCCCUGGAUCCCUCAUAUGGGCCCCUGCUGAUGCCGUCAGUGAGAGCGGCCAGGAUUCCUGCUCCCCAGUGUGACAUCACAAAGACAGAUCCGACUACAGUCACCACUGCUACCUCAGCGUGGGCCGGAGCCUUUCAUGGAACAGUGGACAUAGUGCCAAGUGUGGGGUUUGACACAGGUYUGCAACAUCAAGACAAGAGCAAGGAAUCACCCUGGUACUGAAGCAUCCAGUGUUAGCAAGUCAGGCUGCAGCCUGAAUCCAAAGGCCCACUGGAGAAAGAUGCCAUUGGGAUUUUCCAUUCCGCAAUGGGACACAAGAAACGUGGAAGGAGAAGCGGAAGUGGCAGGCMGUUUACCUUGGUUUUGAACCUUUUCUGGAGAAAGCAGAGUGGGUCCUAGUCAUUGAAGAAAAGCAGUUUUAAUUUUUCCCUCAUCUGAGCCUUUGUCAACUGUGCAACUCUUCCUUACUUUCUUGCUUUUACCAGUACUUGGGAUAGUUUUUGUGUCAUUUUUUUUUUUCCAACUGGCCACCUUGUCAGGAAAAGAUGAACCACAAAUGAAAAUGUUCAUUCUUUCAGGAAUACAAUUUUGUAGUUCUGUGUGCAUCUAUUUUUGUAGAAAUACAGAAAGUUUGGUUUAGCAUUGAUGGGCUAUUUUGGGGGGAUGUAUUUUUUUUUAAUAUUGUAACAAUUGUUGAGUUCUGUUUAAAGAACUUGAUCUCAGAGAAGCACUGGCAAAAAUGUUUAAAUGCUUAUCUUUCAAAUGUGUGUGAUAUGUUCCUGUCUGUGCUUUCUAGGUUACCUCAAGUGUUCAGUAUUUUCUCCUUUCAACAAAAGUAGCUAUAUCACAGCCAAACCAAUGCAGUAUUGUUUUUACAUUAAAUGUCAGUGAAGAUUUAAUUCCAUGCUAGCUCACUUAGUUUUGAGUGAUAUAUAUAACUUUGAAAGGGAGAUUUUUUUUUUUUUUUGGUCAGGGGGUGGAGCACACUAAAGAAAGAGUAUUUCAUUACUUUGAUUUCUCCCAAAGAGUCCUUAGAAGUUGACUAAGAAGAAAGUUUGCAUAAACUUUCAGUUAGAUGGAAAGUUUACUUAUAGUACACUCCUCUUUUUAGUCCAUCCAACUUUGAUAAAUCAAACCAGAGUUUUAAUACAACUACUUAUACUGGGAUAAAAUAUAUUUAACCAUGAGAUCUGUACAUGCCAAUGACUUAUUUUCUGUGUUUCUUAUUACUCAUUAGUGGCAAUUUCAAAAGUUAUUUUUAAGUGCUUUUGAAAGAAUAAUAUCAAGAAAGAUACUAGACAUAUCACAAAGCCCUGUCUAUUUCUGAUCAUGCCACUCAUCAUUGCAAAUUGAAAAAAAAAAUCUAUAAAGUAAUAUUUUCAAUAGCAUUGUGCAAGCCAUUUUUUGUUAUUGUUCAAAUUUAGUUUUACUUGCUUCAAUCCUUUUAAAAAUUUAGGGCAAAAUAUAAUUUAUAUUGGGAUUAUUUAUGUUUA